AUGUCUGCUAUCGAAGGCGUCUCCUUUUUCAACAAACUUUCAUCGAUACCUUUCUCUGACGACGAGCUGGCGGCCUUGAAGGUCGUCAGCGAGGAACGAACUGCAUUACCUCUGGAACUUAGGGCCCUCCUUGAUCCUAGUAUCGAGCCGCCUGAGGCUGAGGAAUGUAAAAUAGAGGAGUCCGAGAUCGAUGACAUUCGGGAAGCGAUUCCAGAUAAUCUAUUUGCCGCUUCGAAAGAGGUGGCCGACAACCAAUUCAACAAAGCGGAAGAUGAUGACCCCAUGGAGGUCGACGACAUGACGCAGCGCAUCUUCCUCACAGACGAAGGUCUCCGCAUCUUCUCCUCAGGCAGCUUCGACGAAAUCGAAGCACUCGAGCAACAAGCCCAGGAAGACUGGAAGCCCAUCGCCGACACGGUCCAAAACGUCGGAUUCGACUGCUUCAUCAAAGUCGAGCACGAGGGCGAAGGCGACAUGUACGUCGCCAACGUCCCUGAAGCCAAAGCGGGGUCGAUGUGGAUCAACGUACGACGCAUCCCGUCGGACGUUCCGGAUCUCGGAUCGAUGACGAUCUCCUUCAACAUGUACAGCGAGACGUCUGGCUUCUUGUCCGUGUCGCGUUCGACGUGGAAGAAGGUCGGACUGUGGUUGCUCCCGCAUCUAGUGGCAGCCUUGGUGGGCUCGUUGACGGGCUACGCACUCAGACGCGGCGCUGCAGCCUUUGGGGUGCGUGUUUUUGAGAAGCUGGUGCGCAAGCUGGGAAUCAGGUGGGCCUCGCGUGUGGGGGUGUUCGCGCGUGGGGUGGUUAAAUUUGGUGGGGGUUUGCUCGCAGCAGCUGCAGUUGAGGCCGCGUUCUGGGUGGCUUGGAGAAAGUACGCGUUCACAAUGUCCGUGUAUGUGUUCGACACCCAACACAACUGGAAGGCGACGCAUAUCACCCUGGACAAUGCGGAGUUCCCGGAGGGAAAGCAUUGGGAACCCAAAGAUCUUGGGCGGUGCAGAGCUCCUGGGGCGAUGCUCAAGGCAGCUGGUUUGCAGCCAAAGAAACAAAUCCACGCCGGUCCCUCGAUUCAUUACUACAACUUUGGAAACAAGAUUGAAGUUUUCCAGGGCGUGGGUGCCGGUUUACGUUUUGAACGCGAUGACGGUACACAUUCCGCUGCAGCCAAGUUUAUCCUCCCUCGCUUCAAAGACUGCGCUGUCAAAAUUGCGCCCGACAUCCCCCAAGAUGGUCUGGAUGCGUUCUACAGGAGCGAUAACUGGGUCGUGGGCAAACCGAAAACACGUGAAACAGUCAACACCGCCGGCGGUACAGAGUUGACAGCCAUGUGGAAUGAGGUUAAGGACGAGGAAAAGUUGAACCCCUCGCUCCAGAAAGAGUACAAAGUGAAAGUGUUCCUUGGGAAGCCAACAGAUUUCGGACUGGAGCAUGAUACGGACUGA